AUGUCUACGCAACGAGCGUCCAAAACAAAGGAACCUAUCCACUGUCCUGGCCUGUCCACGCCUCCGCUUGCUGCUGCUGCUGCUGCCAUCACGCACCUCAACAUGUCCUGGGAGGCCUUUGGGCACGGCCAGAGCGUCGUCAGCUUUGUAUCCGGUAUCGUGACGGUGGUCGGCGCCGCGGCGGGAUUGAUCGCCGCCGGCCAGCAGAUCAACAAGCGCAACUUUGAGAACAAGUUUGGGCCAACGCACUACGAGAAGGACUGGAUGGGAUACUUCGCCAUGAAAGUGCCGCCCUGGUUCAAGGCCCUCGUGCAGCCGGUCCCUCAGCCGCCGAACCUGCCCGCCGUCUCUGGCUUGAUAACGGCCGGGGACGACGGCAUGUUCACGUCCUCCAUGGUUGCGUGGAUGCAGCCGGGCUACCAGAAGGUUUCUUGGCUGGCCCUCUACGAGGCGUUUUUCGUCGAGUACGCGUGGGACUGCUUGUGGACGGGAAAGGAGGCAGCUUUGCGAGACGAAGACUUUUCCGACUUUGUCGACAAGGCAAAGGAGGAAGUGCAGCGGAAGAUUGAAAAGGCGGAAUAUGGAGACGCCAACGCCCAUCCUCCGGUGUUGAGAGGCGUGCUGAGGUUGAUGCGCUCUACUUACUUGCUGUUGGCCUGGGCCAUCAGCCACGCCGUCUGUUCGACAGGAUCAAGGGUCAUUCAUGCCAUGUUCCCAUGUCCGUCGGCCCAGACGGCGGCGGCGGCGGCCUCCGGACUCCGUGUCGAGACGAUAUCGCCGCUUCUCAGCGAGAUACCCGUCAUCGAUCACCACCUCCUCUACUACAAGUGGGGACCUACGUCGACGAACUCAAAGACCAUAGACCGUUGCAAGCGCGAUGUCGAGGCGGGAAGCAAGGUCAAGCUGUCCCGGUGCGCUGGCCCGCUGCUUGUCAAGAGCCUACACCUCAAACGCUUCGAGACGUCUGUCUGGUCCUCGUACGACCGGGGCGGUUGGCCAGAAGACCGGAGAAAGCUCUGGACGUACAAGGGGAAGCCGUGCCUGGUCAUCUUCCGACACGAGUUGGAGUCGUUGGCGGCCUUUCUCGGCAUCCAGCUCAAGCUCCGCCGUCCUCGCCGACCCGAAGGCACCGGUGCAUUCGGUGCCGUCUUGGUGUCGGAAGAAGACUCGUACACGCACAUCCGGCUCAUCUACGAACGCCCGGGGGGGCAUGAGUACAAGCCGGCCGGGGGUUCUGGCUAUUCGACGCUCUUCGCAAAACACAUGGUGUGCGGAUGUCUCCCUUUCGCGCACACCGUGUCCGAGGACCAGAGCAUCGUGGUUCACACCGCCGUCGUCUCGGAAAAAACCAAACAAGACGUCAAGGCUGGUACGCCCUUCGACAGCCGCGGCGCGCCCCCGUCGGACGAAUCCUUCCCUCCGCCCUUGUCGAAUAGCGGCCUGGCCGUGACUGACUACUGCUUUCCGUAUCCCGCGACCAGUAGUGGUGACGGGGAGCGCGAGUGUCAGGGCCCGGGGAGCUUGUCAUUCAUGGACGGGAAGCGGCAGAUCGACGCCGGCACGUGGAGUGAUGCCGUUGCCGGCGUCGCAUUCGGAGGGCUCGUGCCCAUGGCAACGAGUCCGCUCAUCGACAUAGUUGCGUACGUCGUUGGCGGCAGGGUAGAGAAGGAAUCGGAGCUGUCUGCCUUCUGGCGCGUCAUGACGGACAUCUGCGAACAUGCCAAGAGAAGGGUCCCCGGGGCGGCGUCCAUUCCUCUGUUCGGCUCCGCGUUCGAUUCCAUCGCGCAAGCCAGCUACUGCACACCAGCUUCGUUCCACGACCUCUUCACCGGCGCCGCGAAUGUAGACGAAGUGGUUUGGGUCCUGAGCUUGUACACGACCAUGCUCGAGUAUCUCAUGGCCGCCAUUGCGCCGGGGCAGGAAAACAGAGACGCAGACGCAGAGCCGCAGCCGCAGACGCAGACGCAGCAGUCGCCAGUACAGCUAGUGUUUGAAGCAUGCGUCGCGGAAAUAUCUCAGCAAUAUGAGGCCGCAGUCAGAGCCACAGACGAAGGAACUGCCUCUGGUGACCGGUCGAGCACAACCGUGACGGCGGACCAAGAGACGGAAAUCGAGACGACGCUAAAAGAAAUAAGUGACAAGCUCAAGAAUAAUGAGGACAUUACCGUGCAGGACUGCGGCAGGGUGGCGAGAUGCAUCAUCAUGGCCUGGGCAAGGCUCGUCAAGACUGUCUCCUGGGAGAAGGAGGAGAAGAAGAAGAAGGAGAAGAAGAGGGAUGCCCACGCGGGCUACGUGGUGCCUCCGACCAGAGACCUGCCGUAUAUAGCUGCAUGGGAGUAG